GAUAAGAAUGAACAAUAAAGGGGGCAGCUAUUACAGUGGUUCUAAAGGCAUAAGGUUUACCCAGGGCUGGAAACAGGGGCGGACUGACAACUCAUGGGGCCCCCGGGCAAUAGGGGAUCAUGGGGCCCCUGUGUCCUUGCCCAAACUCAAAAAAGCCUAUGAAAAAGGUACCAGGGGCAUCUUAUGGGGCCCCCUACUGAUCUCGGGCCCUCAGCAGUGCCCGAGUUUCCAAAUGGUCAGCCCGCCCCUG